AAAUUCGCCGAACUGCGGCGCAUAUGAAUUACGUUGAUUCAGUUGGCUGGUGAUGGUAAAGAUUGUAACACAUUCCUUCUCAUGAGAUAAACAAUGGACGGACUAAAUCUAGUUUUCCUGCUAGUUUGUUUUAUCAGUGUCGCUUUCGCUUAUGAAUGCGUCGAGAAAGCUUGCCGCUCGGGUCGCUGCAUAUCGGAAACAACAUGCACUGCGAAUGCUACGAAUGGAUGUGUGAUAUAUAGAUCUAGCGGCGUUGUUGUCCAUAAUUGUUCAUCAGUGCCAUGUGUGCCGAUCUGGUCCAGUACAAAUGGCAAUGAAUCCACCGCUGACUGUUGUUUUUCUGACAGAUGUAACAGCGAUUCGAUGGCAUCAAAUACAGUUGAUGACCCGGCUGUGGACGAGUGUUACAGUAUAACAUGUAAUACUGUAGGGUGUUUGAAUAAAUCCAUAAAUGAAGGGAAGGCGAGACUGUGCCCUGUGUUUCCAAAUAGGAAGUGUAUGACGACAAAGGUAAAUGAAAGGCGCACCACUACUUGCUCCCAGUUGUCCUGUCAGGCCGUUCAAACUGAAUCCGUCAUAAUUGAAUGCUGUACCGGAAAUCUCUGCAACACGCCAACAGAGGAUAUGUUUAAAACUACAGCUGCACCUGCUACUACUACAAAGAAAGACACUUCGGGAGCCGGAAGACUUGGACAUUUGCGUUAUAUUAUUUAUACUCUGUUCACAUUUCUUGUUUCUAUUAUUUCAUAGACUGUCCCCAGCACUGACAGUUCUGUAAAAUAUUCAUUUUUAUUUUGCAUUUAUAUCAUAAUCAGUCUGUUAUCGAGGAAACAAAUUCUUAGAGAUAUUGGACAUUGGAUAAAAUGUGGCAAAAUUCAACCCUUUGAUUAUCAAAUGCAAAAGCCACUUUCGAUGUCCGUGUUUUACGAUGUCUCCUAUAGAUAAAAUUAAUAAGAAACUUUUUAAUGCGCUAUCGUAUGGAGGUAUGUUUAAUUUAAAUUCACGUAUGUGUAUCAAAUGAAUGAAAAGUUAUUUAUGAGACAGUACAUGAAUCAGUGAAGAAGCGGAAACGCUUGAAAUACGAAAAGAAUAAUUAAAGAAAUUUGACCAGUCACAACAAUACGAAGCAAGCGAAAACGUUUUGUACUUUAGAAAAAAAUGAUAUGAUCUUAUAUACAUAGAUUCACUUUACCACAGUUCAUCGCAAACCCUCUUUUGUAUGUAGAUCAGCAAAUAUGCGGCAUCUUUUCACUGUUUUCCCGUAACAUCUAGGACAUAAUACCAGCAUAACCACUAUCAGUGUCACCUUCAGCUAGAAUGACAGCAUUCUUAUCGUUUCAAAAUUAGUGUUUAUAUAAUUAUAUGAAUAUUUUUAUAGAAAAUUUUGAGUCACUGCUUUACGCCAAAAUGUUCGUACCUAGUUUUAUGCCGUCAUAGAUCUUUAAUUUUAACAUAAUGAGGUUGCCUUGAGGUUGCUCGUUUUGAUAAAUAACUUUAUGCAAUGUAUAAUGUUAAGAAGACAAUAACUUAAUAGAUAUAUAAACAAUUAAAACUAAAUACAUUUAUAUAUAUGGCGAUGUAACCAGUGUUUAACAGCAUUUUUCAAUAUAUUUUAAAUGGUCUGUUUGUGAAGUAUUUUCUCUCCCUUUUCAUCUUAAAUAUAUUGCUGUUAUAUAUACGAAAAACAUAUAAAUUUCAUCUUACAUGUCUAAAGGUUUGGCUUUAUAUAUUCUCAUUCAUGAGAGGUUCGUCAAAAUUUCGAGUUAAGCUAGGGAACUAUGAUAGGCCUCUGGUAUGAGAGAAUGUGCUUCAUAAUAUGUAUUAGAAUUGUUGUUUGUGAAAUUCCUGCUUGUAAUAUUAUUUAACAAUAGUAUGUUCAGACUAAAGAAAAUAUAUUUUAAACUUGUGUUUGUUUGAGAAGUAUUUUCUCCAGCUUGCAUCCUAAAUAUUAUUGUUAUAUUCGGAAUCAUUUAUAUUUUAUUUUUACAUAUCUAUGUAAGGAUUUGCCUACAUAAUGUGUUUAGAAUUGUUGUUUGUGAAAUUAUUUGCUUGUUAUAAUCAUUUAACAGUAAUAUGUUCAUUAUAGAAUGAUAGAAAACAACUAAAGAAAAUAUAUUCUAACACGGCUCGAUUUGAUUUCCAGUUGAACAAAGAAGGAAAUCAAGCUCUGUGUAUUCUGCGAUAAACAACGGUUGAUGCGCGGACCGGUAAAAGAGCAUUAUGACGUCAAAUUGCCGCAUGACAUCCGAUACAUUUCUUCUCUGUGUAAAUGAAGUCCAGCAUUAUAUUUAUUAAAACAUGUCAAUGAGCAUGUCAGAAUGAAAACAAUAAAGACAUUGUGAUUUAUCGUCUAAUUUAACACGGUUCAUCGUUCAAAUGCUUCAGUAUUUAACCACUCAGGCUAACGCCCUCGUGGCACAAUUUCUACGCAUCUGAACUCUGAAUCGUGGUAAAUUAAAUGAUAAACCACUCGAAGGCCUUGAUUAUUUGUUAAUUUCAAACUUGUGUUUGUGAAGUAUUUUCUCUAGGUUCCAUCCUAAAUAUAUUGCUGUUAUAUUCGGAACUCAUUUAUAUUUCAUUUUUACAUAUCUAAAUAAGGAUCUGACUUCAUAAUGUGUUUUAGAGUUGUUGUUUGAGAAAUUAAGCUUGUUAUAAUAUUUUAACAAUAAUAUGUUCAUUUUACAUCAAAAUGUCUUCGUCGACUGGUUCUGUAACCAUGAUGAUAUUCUUUAGACUUCUCUAUUAUGUGUUGAUGUAUCCUACCUUUAACUCUGUAUCAUAACUUCUUGGUUUUGUUGUUGAAAUAACUUACAUACCCGAUAGUAUUCAUCUUUAACGUGUCUCUACAUAUAAUGUAAGGACAAUAAAAAUGACAUGUUUCUAAAGAUUACUAGAAUUAUAACUUAUUAUAAUACAUGUAUAUCGCUUUAUA